GAAAUUAUGGAUGAACUAGUAGUUAAAUUUAUUCUCAAUUGUCCUGAAGAAGAACACGAAAACUUUGACCGUCUCUUCUUCCAAAUUGAAGAAGCCUUUUGGUUCUAUUUGGAUUUUUAUAGAGAACAAAAUCCUUCCCUUCCUAAAUUCAACCUCCACCAAUUCGCCGAUAAGGUUUUCCUUGCCUGCCCUUUCCUCCAACCAUACCAAAAAACUGUUGAUGAACACAUUCAAUCCUUUAUCAAUUACAAGACUAGCGUACCUGUAUGCGGUGUUAUUUUAAUUGAUGAAACCUUGGAAAAUAUUCUCCUAGUCAAGGGAUGGAACUCCAAGUCUUGGUCUUUCCCAAGAGGUAAGAUUAACAAGAAUGAAGAAGAAGUCGCUUGUGCUGUCAGAGAAGGUAGAGAAGAAGUUGGUUUUGAUUGCUCUCAAUAUAUUUUGAAAGACCAAUUCCUUGAAGGACAAUUCAACGAACAAUUAGUUAAACUUUUUAUUGCUCCAAACAUUCCUUCAUCUACCAAGUUCCUCACCCAAACCAGAAAGGAAAUUGCUCAAAUUUCCUGGUUUAAUAUUGGUGAAAUUAUCAGGAAGCAAGCAAGAGGCAAUUUUUGGCCUGUUAAACCUUUCCUUGCCGAUCUUCAACAAUGGGUA